UUGAUCUGACUUGUCCUCCCUGCUGGAAGUGUUUUCCUGCUCCUCGGGACUUCUCCGAGUGCUAUGGCCAUUUCUGUGUCUCUGCAGUGUCUGGGGCUCGUCAUUCUCGCAGCAAUCCUCCUCCAGACCAUUGCGGUUGCCGUCAGUUUUAUGUACUUCAACAAAGUCCUGAGCACGAUGCAGGAGAGUUUCUCCCGGAGUAGCGUUUCCUGUCUGAUUAACACAAACCUGCACUCGGAGUUCGUAGAUUCAGCGGAGGAGAAGAAGAGCGACCCCUGCUGGCAAGUCACACAACAGCUCUACUACCACAUAGAAAAGACGAUGGCUGACAGAUUCCAGAAGGAGAUUUCCACUGCUAUGAGAGAUAAGCUGACAGGAGUGCUACCCGUCCUGAGCCCUGGGCCCCGAGGGGUCCCCCUUCCUAAGGUUGCUGCCCAUGUGACUGGCAUCGUUUCGUCCACGGAGCCUCCAGCAGCAGAUGGCUCGCGGAGCAGCAGGGGAUAUCUGGGGGAGCGAAUCAGAGCGUGGGAGGGCCAGCGAGGUCUGUCGUUCCUGCAGAACAUGGAGCUGAGGGGAGGAGAACUGCUGGUGCCCCGAGCAGGCCUAUACUACAUCUAUGCCCAGACCUACUUCAGACUGGCCUCCACGGGGGAGACAGAUGGGGAGGCAAAGGAGGAGGAAGGAGCACAGCUUGUCCAGUAUAUCUACAAGAAGAUGAGUUCCUACACGGUGCCCAUCCUGCUGAUGAAAUCGUCCCGCAGCGCCUGCUGGCCUCGGGGUCAGGAGCCCGGUCUCUUCUCCCUGCAUCAGGCCGGCACUGCCUUUCUGCAGCCUGCUGAUCGCCUCUUCGUCACCGUCAGCAAUGCCAGCUCCAUGGAGAUGGACGGGAGGGCUAGCUACUUUGGGGCCUUCCUUGUGGGCUAAAGGGAGGGAACCGCAGACAGGAGUUAGCCCAAAUGUCAGGGGUUUGCUUGGUGAUAUGCGCAGCUGUCUGAGGGUGCAGGACUGGAGAAGAAGAGUGUACUGUGAGGAGUGCAAAGGACUUCUUCGGGAUCGUGGAGCUGCAGGGAUAUGAUCAAACUGAGCCACAGCAGAAGACCUUCAGUGGGCCAAAAUGGCAUGGAAGAAGAGCCAUUUGCUGUGUAUGUAGAGCAUUCACAGUAAAACCUCACACCGGUUAUUAACUUUGUUUUUAAGGCUGGUGAACUGAAUGUACUAUACGACAGCCGAACAUGGAUUACACGGUGCAUUCAGAGAACAGGACAUUUGGAGCUGUACAAUAGAUGCAGAUUAAAUGUUGUCUCCUCAUGUGUGAAUGCCUUCUAUUGAGGACAGUGUGAGCUGCUUUGCCCGUCGGUCAAACAGUGAAGAGUCGGGUUGUCACCCGCAGGAAAAGACACAGACGCUGGUGUUUUAUUAAAAACAAGUAUGACAAAUGCCACAAUACAAGAUUUUGGAUGUUCAAGAAUAUGAAUGAAGCCUAUUUUAUUUUUAAGUUUACAGUA